UUAAGAUGAAAGAGGCGCAGCCGCCUUGUGCGAGUGCAUGAGACUCAAGAAUGAAUUAAGAAGAGUUUCGUGUAUCGAUUCUUAUUUUUUGUUAAUUAUUUCGUUUAUUACUAUUUCUUAGGAAGCAGAGGGACAUGCUUUUGAAAGGUUAAUUACAAGCAAAAGUGUGGAAAACCUUUUGUUUUUAAGACUAGACUUAAAAUUCCCACUGUGAGCGUCAGAGACCACUCUUCACAUAAGACGUCUUUCAACAUAGACAAGCAAUGGCUUCAUCUUCGGGUAACGACGAUGAUCUUACUAUUCCUCGAGCAGCGAUUAAUAAAAUGAUCAAAGAGACACUACCCAACGUGCGUGUUGCAAAUGAUGCCCGGGAAUUAGUGGUUAACUGCUGUACCGAGUUUAUUCACCUCAUAUCGUCAGAGGCAAACGAGAUCUGCAAUAAGUCCGAGAAGAAAACCAUAUCCCCGGAGCACGUCAUCCACGCACUUGAGAGUCUUGGGUUUGCUUCUUACAUUACUGAGGUAAAAGAUGUUUUACAAGAAUGUAAAACUGUAGCACUUAAAAGACGGAAGGCAAGUUCUCGACUUGAAAACCUUGGUAUUCCUGAAGAGGAACUAUUAAGGCAACAGCAGGAGCUGUUUGCAAAAGCGAGGCAGCAGCAAGCAGAACUUGCCCAGCAGGAAUGGCUACAGAUGCAACAGGCAGCCCAGCAAGCACAGCUAGAGGCCGCUUCUGCCAGUGGGCCCCAUCAGGCUGGUUCCUCUCAAGAUGAAGAUGAUGAGGAUGACAUUUGAACUUUGCUUGUGUUGUUGCAAGCAUUGGAAACGGAGGACACUUUUUAAUUUUGUAUUAAUUUUGGUGGACAGAGGCAUUGGAAUCACAAGCAAGAAUGGCUGUGCUUGCUGGUGCUUAUAAAGGAUGUCCAGUUUCCAGUUACACCCUUAACCUGUUUUUUUUUUUUUUUUUUUUUUUUUUUUUUUUUUUUUUUUUUUAAGCCAGUUUUCUUGGGGUGGGGGGUCAGGGGAGGAGAUGGGUGGGUGGUUAAGGUAUCCUAAAGAAAUAGAUUCGCUUGGUGUUUUUACACUUUUUUCAUGAAAUCCAAGAAAGAUGUUUUUUUUUUUUCGAGUGUGUAAAUGUAAGAAUACAAGCCUAUAUGGGUAAACUUUUAACUGUAUUAACUGUGUAUAAAUUUUUUUUUUUUUUUUUUAAGGUUUGAAAGAGAAUCUUAAUAUGGCUGCUGGUGUCAUUGAGUAAAUGUAGAAAUUCAGCUAAAGUGAUUUUAUAUAUUAAACAUAUCUGAGCAUCGUAAUUUCUGAUGAUACGUUUAUAUUUUUCUUCAAGAAUUAUUAGACAGGUACAAAUUGUUAACCCACUUUAACUAAAAUCUGUCAAGAGAAUACUACACACAAUUGAACAGAGAGAAAAAUGCACAAUUUAAUUUUUUUUUUUUUUUUUUUUUUUAAAGCAAAACUAAGUGUUAUUACAUCUAGGCUACAUGGUCUCUAAUGUAGUAAUUUCAGUAUAUCUGCUUAAUAGGUAUAACAUUUUCUAAAACCAUUAGUUUACAAGAAAACUCCUCCUUAGUGGGAAAGUUGUUUUAUAGCAUCAUUGUACCAGCUGAAAAUCUGCAUAUAGGGAUAGUCUGUGUUUUGAUGUAUCAAGUUAACAAAAAAUCUCAAUGCUUUGUAGUGCAAAUGAAUUAAUAUUUUGAGUGAUUGUCCAGGUGCAAACGACCUGAUGUUAUGUUUAUUGAGAUUGUGCUAAAACUGUGAUCUGUUCGUAUAAAUAGGGAACUUCUAUAGUCGGUGAGCAGAGGAAUGCUUCUCUGGCAGUUAAUGAGCUUAGAGGGGAAAAAAUUGAUGUGAAAGGGCUAAAAAUGUCAGUUACAUGUUAAAAGUGCAAGCUAUGCAAUGUACCUUUUGGCCAGACCCCUCAAGUUUUAUUGAGCUAAACUCCUAAUUGGUUCCUUUGCUCUGCAGAAAUGAAGAUUGCUUAAAAUCAUACCAGUCUUUUCCCUUGGAGGUAUUUUUCUACUUCAUAUGUAUAUCACAUGAUGCAAACACUUUUCCCUUAAGUAUGACAGACGUUCUUAGUAGUCUGGAAACAAUUUUGAAUUUCCAACUUGGUGGUUGUAUUAUGGUAAAUUUAUUUUGCCAAAAUUUACAGUAUUUUGUAUGAAAUUUAUUAAAGGAAAGAGAAAAAAGGUGUUACUCUUGUUUGUACCAAAGAAGGAGACAACAGCCCUAGCUAGCAGUGACAGAUUAUUAAAACUGUGUCUACAAAGGUAUAUUUAAACGUAAGAUGUUUGAGGAUAUCAUAGGUAUACCUUUUGCAAUAGGAAUAAAAUGAAUAGAAUGUUUAGCAUAGCAAAAAGGUUUAGUAGUACAUCUUAUUUACCUUUUCAUUUAGUCCUUAAGGAUGCAGAUUUUUCAGGAAUAACAUAAAAAUCUGCAUCAUGAAUGUAUAGAGAAAUAACAAGUGGUUCAAUGUGGCUUUUCAUGGUGGUACCUGUUUCAUGCUUUUUUUCACAAGCUGUAUUCUCUAAGCAAUAAAAUUCUGACUUUUUUAAAAAAU